UCUGUAAAGCUGAAAAUGCAUUUAGAGUGUCAAUCCGUACUGAAAGGAAAUUGAAAAUCGUUACAGACCUCAGACCAGAAAGUGGUAGAGUAAAAAUGGACAAACACAUCAUAUAUGACCUGGAUUCUGGCUGUGAUUGUGAUGUCGUUUUUGAUGCAGCCCCAAGUGACAAACUGUUGAUCCUUACUAAGGAAAAGAUGACAACAGAAAGUGUAUCAAAUCUCAAUAUAGAUGACCAGAUUACAAUUAUUAAAAUAGAUAACAAACAUCAGAGGACUAUUUUGAAGGCUAUAAAAAAGAAUAAAUGUACCGAGUGAGAGUAUAACAUGAAACAUUUGAAUAGACAUAUUCUUUCCUUAUCCGUUUUAAUCAAAUAUAGAAGCAAACGAUCAAAUUGUUUUAUAUUCCUUUUUGGAAUAAGUAGAAUAUGCCUUUAACGAUUUUAACACAGUCACGAUUUAAUACUGUAAUUUUUAUAGUGAUUUGUAUAAAGAAUAUACCAGAAAGAAAGUUUUCACUAUAUGAUUAUGUAAAUACAUAUCUAAUGUACCUUUUAAUAAGAAUGUGGUUUAACAAUAUACUUAAACUAGUCUCUUAGCAUGUUUGGCAUAUUUGUGAAGAUUUUUUAUCAGGUUAAAUGAGAAAAAAGCUUGAAUUGUAAAAUCUGUGCCUUUAAUUUUAGUAUUGAUGACUUGGUGGGACUUAAUCAUCUCUUGUAUGUACGAAUAUGCAUAUGCGAUUCUUAUAUACGAUUCUUAGAAAAAUCAGUACAAAAUAUCGUUUAU